CAUCAACUCCCCGACUCCUCAUCACCGUCGCAGAUCACAGUGCACGUCUGGACUCAACAUGCCUUCCACCUACAAGAGGGACAAGCCGUGGGACACGGACGACAUUGACAAGUGGAAGAUCGAUCCCUUCAACGCCGAAGACAAUGUCGCCGGUAGUUUCGCCGAGGAAUCCUCCUUCGCCACUCUCUUCCCCAAGUACCGUGAAGUCUACCUGAAGGAGGCAUGGCCCGUCGUAACCAGAGCGCUCGAGAAGUUCGGCAUCGCCUGCACCCUCGAUUUGGUCGAGGGCAGCAUGACGGUCAAGACGACGCGGAAGACGUUCGAUCCUGCUGCGAUUCUCAAGGCCCGCGAUUUGAUCAAGCUGCUGUCGAGAAGUGUGCCGGUGCAACAGGCCCUGAAAAUCCUCGAAGACGACGUCGCAUGCGACAUCAUCAAGAUCCGCAACCAAGUCCGCAACAAGGAGCGCUUCGUCAAGCGUCGUCAACGUAUUCUCGGCCCCAACGGCUCCACCCUGAAGGCCCUCGAGCUCCUGACCAGCACCUACAUCCUGGUGCAGGGUAACACCGUGGCGGCGAUGGGUCCCUUCAAGGGACUCAAGGAAGUGCGUCGUAUCAUCGACGACUGCAUGGCCAACAUCCACCCCAUCUACCACAUCAAGGAGCUCAUGAUUAAGCGCGAAUUGGCCAAGGACCCGACUCUGGCCACGGAAUCCUGGGACCGUUUCCUGCCUAACUUCAAGAAGCGCACCCUGUCCAAGCGUCGCGUCCCGUUCAAGAUCACCGACAAGUCGAAGAAGGUGUACACUCCUUUCCCGCCGGCGCCGGAGAAGAGCAAGGUGGAUCUGCAGAUCGAGUCGGGCGAGUACUUCCUGUCCAAGGAGGCCAAGGAGCGUGCGCAGAAGGAGGAGGUGAUGGAGCGCCAGCGUCUGAAGCGCGAGGAGAAGAUGAAGGAGCGCGAGAAGGCCUUCGUGCCGCCGGAGGAGAUCGAGGCCGCCGAGAAGAAGGAAAAAGCCAAGAAGGAAAAGAAAGACAAGAAGAAGCGCAAGCGGGAUUCCGAGGCCGCCGAGGCCGACGGCGACGAUGCCGCCGAGCGGAAAGAAAAGAAGAAGAAGAAGAAGUCCAAGUCGAAAGAGGAUGCAUCGGAUGGAGAGGCGUGAUGCCACUAUCCUCUUCUUCUUCUUCCCUUCCCUUUUUAUUCUCUCUUACGUCGUUGCUUCGGUUUCCCCUUGUGAUUACUUUCGAGAUAAGGCGCUUAGGCAUAGCAUGGGCUGGAGUUUCUUGUCUUAUCUCUUGUUCUUCCACUAUCCUCCCUUCUGUGUCUAUCUGGAGGGAGAGAAGAAAAGCUUGUAUGAGUGGGUCUGGUCAUUGUAUACUUUAUAUUUAGUGUGGAUGUUAGUACUACUGGGUAUUGGAUAUGUGACAUUAAGAUAACUAGAUAUGAUUGUAUUGCCAUUUACCACAGGCCG